GUAAAUCACAGCAGUGUGAGCAGGUGAAGUGAACGUAAGGGAAACAUGCAGGCUGCGUUCUGGACGACUGUGGGGCUGCUGUGCCUGACUACUGGAUUUGGCAACGCUCAAAAGCCUCAGCCAUGCCAGGCGCCAUCUCAGUAUACAGGAAAAAUGACUAUGGGCAUUGACUAUGAGAUCAACCGUCUGAACAAGUCCUGUGUGAAGAGGCAAGGCCCAACUGACUUCCAACCCCUUGAGGUGCCCAAAGGGGCAGCCUUCAUGUCCCAGGUGGUGCUGGGCACUUCCUCCAGUCCGGGGCAGGGUGUGCUGGUCAACAACUGGCGGGAAGACAUACCCCACCAGAGUGAGGCACUUGAAUUCAUCUCACAUCUCCAACACUACUACGACAAUGUUGUGGGGGUGGAUCCUGAUGUGUUCGUUCCACCGCCAUUUUGCAAGGAUGCCAAGCUUGAGGUGAACAAGGAUGGCAAGGAGGCAAACUUCUUCUCCUUCUUCAACCAAAAUUAGAUAAGAUUAUAUUAGUAGAGGGAGUGGUGGAGAUGCAUGUGUCAGGUAGCUCUCAAGUCUAUGGAACACAUGGUAACACUUCACUUGACGCCGGUGUCAUAUGCAUGCAUAGAUAAGUCAUAAACAUUAUGUCCAUGUCAUAAACAUUGUAUAACUGUUGCCCUUCAUUGUCUUUGCCAUAACCGAAUGUCACUUAAGGCCAACAGUCAUAAAAUGUUUAUGGCAGGGACAUAUGACCCUUUUCAUAAAAGUUCACUGUAA